UGGAGUCAGACUCGACUUAGCCUGCGUGUCAGUGCAGUCUACUUACAGCUGGCUGUGAGCAGAACUGGCGCUACUUAACUGUUAUUCAUACACACGUUUGAUAAGUCUAACUCCAAACUCAAUAGUUAAUCACUUUUGCUUCUACCGUGGUGAUUUUUCGCGUUUGUUGUUGUUGUUUUUUUUCUUCUUCUACGACUACGGAGAGUAAAGUUCGGAGGCUGGGCCUUUUAACUUAGCUGUCUGUCGCUUGAAAAAAAAAAAAGAGAGAAGCAGCCGCGAGUUGACUUAUUUUUGUUGUUGUCGAUAAAAGGGAGAGAACAAAAACCGCGAUAAAUGCUACUGACGAAAAUGGAUCUGUUGAACUUCCAGUACCUGGACAAGAUGAAUAACAACAUCGGCAUCCUCUGCUAUGAAGGAGAAGCAGCCUUGCGAGGAGACCCCCGACUGCAGUCGUUGUCCUUGUCCUCCUCGUCGUCUUCCUCGUCCUCCUCAUCUUCCUCUUCGUCAUCCAUCUCCAGCCACAGAACGGGCCCUCCGCCCAUCAGCCCCACCAAGAGAAAGUUGAGCGGGGAGCAGGGGGACAGCGACAUGGACGACAAUGAGCACGUGGCCAAGAUGAGCCGACUGUUCGUCGCACAGUUGAAACCUCAUGGAGACUAUCGCAGCGCCUCCAGGGAUCAAACCCGGAGUCCCAUGGAGCGCGUGGUGGUGCCCAGCGCCCUGGGCGUCCACGGCAACCACCUGUACAGCCACGCCCACCUCCAGCACCACCACCACCUGGCCAGCUUAGCCGCCAUGGACCAGCCGUUGGCGCUCACCAAGACGAGCGGCGUGACGGAGAGAAACGGCGCGACGGCUCUGCCCGCCGGGCCUCACCCGCUUGGCGUCGCGGAACGUCAGCAGAAUCGUCCUUCCGUCAUCACGUGUGCCCCUGCAAACAACCGCAACUGCAACCUGUCACACUGCCCGCUCUCCCACAACGGCUGCCCGAGCCUGACUAACAACUACAGGAGGGCCCACGCCAACACGGCGUGCGACCCAGUCAUCGAGGAGCACUUCCGCCGCAGCCUGGGCAAAAAUUACAAGGAGCCCGAACCGGCGGCGGCGACGGCGACGGCCACCAACUCGGUGUCCAUCACGGGCUCGGUGGACGACCACUUCGCAAAGGCGCUGGGCGAGACCUGGCUGCAGAUCAAGAACAAGAGCGCGCCGUCGUCGUCUGCCAGCAGCCCCAACUCGUCGCCCGACAGCCGCAUGAUCAACCACAAUCACUCCCCUUCUCUGGUCUCCUGAAGGGGGCGCAGUUUUCAACGGGGGACGGGUCCCCGACACCUUGAGGCCUCCUUGAGGGAGCGCACAGCCUGCUGGUCUGCUUAACACAAAUCACCAAUGGAGCAAUAAGGAACUGAUGAGGAACUUGAACGCUGCGCGAGUCUCUGUACUUAUUUGUACAUAAAGAAGCAGUUUUUUCUUGUAGAUCUUUGUUUUGUUUUGUUUGUAGAACUGUAGUUUGGCUAUUCUGCAUCAGAAGGGGGUGGGUGGGGUGGGGGGGGGGGGGUACGGUACCUGACUGCGUAACCAAAGAAACCUCGAGCCCCUUUCACACUGCGUAGUAAAAACCUCGCUAACUGCAUUGAACGUGCGAGUGGUUGAAUAAGAUUUCAGGCCAGGGUUAAGAUUUCAAAUUUUGGGUUUCAAGAGCAUGCUGUAGUACUUCAAGUUCGUUUCAAGACAGUGUUGAGAUUUGAAGCUUCGGGUUUGAGACCUCCGUUAGGGUUUCAAGCAAUUUGUUGGGCUUUUAUAUUCCAUGUUCAAAUUUGUGUGGUAAACUUUCAAAUUCAGGUUAGUUUGAGUGUCACGAUGAUGUAAAAGUUUCUAAUUUGAGUUUUAAGCAAAGGUUAGGCUUUCAAAUUAGGGUUAGUUGUAUAGCGUUGGGGUUAGUAGUGAAGAUUUUCAAAUUGGGGUCUUAGUUUCCAAUUACGGUUUCAAGUCAGGGUUAGGCUUUCAAUCCUGGUCUACGUUUAGGAUUUUAAUUCAGUGUUGGGGUUUCAAGUGUGGGUUAUAGUUCGUAGUUUUGCUUGGAGUUCCAAAUGAGGGUUUCAAGCAAAGAUUGUUUCACAUUAGGAGUCCGAGCCGGGUUGGCGCUAGGGUUUCUUAUCAGGGUUUCAAAUUGGGAGGGGGGUCGUUCUAAAUGAGUUAUGACUGCAGUUACGCGGCCUCCGACACACGCUAGCGCGCAAAGGAGUGUGAAAGGGUUCGCCGUUUCCCUCACAACGGUUGAGCCCGUUAAAAUGGCCGCCUGGCAGAUGAUAACGCAUGCUAACGCUAGCGCUAAUCGCAAAGAAGAACAACCGGCCCCUAAAAAUCUCUGCUGCGCUUCAGUUGUAAGUUUUGAAGGCUAACCGAACGCCUUUUUAGCCUUUGUGUGUAUUUUCGUUUUGUUUUUAAUUUUGAAUAGGUGGCAUCUAUUAGGACGCAUUUCAACGACUUCUAAUUAGCCUUUUUAUUCGUUUUUUUGGACGUUAUCUCGUAACACGUGUUCGACAGUAUCAUAUCACUGCUGGAUCAGUUGUACUCCAUGUUGUUAUAUCAUUGAUGUUACCAUGUGUUAUACUUUUUUUUUUUUGUAUCGUGUGCUAGCAAACAUCUCGAGCUAGCGGACAGGAUCUGCUAAACCAUUUGCUAACAUAACUCAAAAUUAAAAGCAAGGGUUGAUGUUGAUCCGUAGGCGGCGCCGCAUGUGGUGUCCUCGUGGGCGUCCCGGUGGCAUCUGUAAAGCUGACGCCAAGCAAGUCCAGACCAGUACGGUGCACAGUAUUGAAAAAAAAUUUGGCUGCUCGAAUGAGGACGAGAAACUAAAGUCUUAUUUUCUUUGUGUGGGUGCACCCCCCGUCCCC